AUGAUGCCAGAUUUAUUCCUAUGUUAGAAAACUGAACAUUAAAACAUUACAAAGUUCAGCUAAUCAGUGAUCAUUAAUCUCAUCUUAUUUGAGUAAACUUUAUGUAAGCAUAUAUAUAUAUCUAUCUAAUUUUUAAUGUAAACCAUGUUUCAACUAGCCUGUCAAUUUUUUCUGUAUUACAUAUAUUUGUUUCUUACCCUAUAUUAUAUGCUUUUAGAAUUUUUUUGUAAUUCAGUUUGAUUAAUUUAUACAAAUCUGUUGUUUUUUUUAUGUCAUUUACAUGCAAGUAGUAUGUUUGAUAUGUCUUGUUUUAAUAGAACUUAAUACUGUUAGAAUUAACCAUAAUUUACUUUUAAGUCUACUUUCCUUUAUUGUAAUUGUUCUUAGAGUUGCAUGCUUAUCCAUUACAGAAAUUUAGAAAAAUUUCCUUCAACUCCUCACUGAUACCACAUAAAUCUUCAUUUAAAUGCACCUUCCAUAAAGUUUCUCAUAUCCUUUAUUGUUGAUUUACUGGAACAUGUAGAUGAUCAGAUAUGUCAAGAGUUAUUCAUUAUGCCAGAUGUAGUCAGAUUCAGAGAAUGGCUGGUAUAGAUAUUAUCAGUUAAGUUAUUAUGAAACAUUAAGUAACUCUAGUUGGGCUAGUAAUUAGGGGAUACUUCCUUCAGAAAGAAUAGUAUUUAAAGUAACAACUGCUGUGAUUAUUGGUAUCAUAUGUUAGCAAAUGAAUAUUUAUAUCCCCACGUGUAUAGUCAUUAAAAAAUUUCGAAGUUUCAGAAAUAUAUUUUCUUCAAAUUCUUCUACAUAAUAAUCCAGGUGAAAACAAAUGACUCCAAUUACAAUAUUUUAAGUUAUUUGUUCAUCCUCACAAUUAGAAACUGAAUAUCUUUCAUAUUUUAUAAUUCUUAAGAAAAAAACAACCCCACCACCAUUAUUUACAUAGUCCUUUCCCAGAAAUCCAUAAUUAGGUAUACUGAAUUAAUAUCAUUGAGGUUAGUUCCAGGUAGGCAUGGAAGUUCCCACAUUAGUUCUUAAAUUCUAUCAAGAUUUGUGGUGACACUGCGUGUUAAAACGUACAAUAAAUCAUUUUUCAUGUGCUUCAACCAAAUUUUCAAUUUUUAAAAUACUACUUAAAAUCUCGUUAAUACAGUGGCCAGGGUCACAAACAUUCUGCUUUGACACAUAAACAAACAAGGCAAAUUAGUUAAAGAAGUGGAAGUCAUUAUAAGUUAAAUUGGAAACAACGUAUAAAAAUAAUUAGUACUAAUUUGCCAGAAACUAUUGGUGUGAUGUCAAAUCUCAAAAUAUAACAGAUGGUUUAUUAUGCACUUAUAUAUGCAAUUAUGAGUUGUGGGUUAGUUACUUUACAAAGCUACACAGUCCAUACUGUUUAUAAAUAAAAUUACAAAAUGUAUAAACUUUGGAUCAAAGAUGGACCAUGUAACACCAUAGAAUCAAAUAUUCUAAAAAUGUGUAAUGCUUGCAAUUUAGAAUUGGAAUAAUUUAUGUAUAAAAUCAACAAUAAAAUGUUACCAAAAUUAUUUUCAUCCUUCAUGAUCACAUUACUACUUUAACUGCCAUGAAUGACUUUAUCUACCUCAAUGUCUUACUUCUUUAGGUUGAAGGUCAGUUGAGUUUAGAGGAGUUGUGGUUAGAUUUUUACAAUAUUAAAAAGGCUUUCAAAAUCGUUCUUCUUAAAUCUCAUAUUUAUUUAUUAAACUUAUUUUUUGUGCCUCAUGCCACGUGCAGAUCAAUUAAAGUCAAACAUAUAAUAAGGUUGGUUGACCAAUUGGUCUUUUUGCCAUUUAAAAUAUUUAAUCAUUACUUCCUUUGCAAAUGAAAACGUUGUUUUUCUUCUACAUUACGUUGAUUAAAGUAAUGAUUUUUUUCAAUACAAACUUUGGCAGUUUAUUAGUUGAAUUUCUUUAAUUAACUACAAGUUAGAACAGUUUGAAAAAUGCAACCAAAGAGUGUCUUACUUCAACCACAUUCAUCACUAAAAAUAAGCAGGAAUACUCAAUUAGUAGAAUAAGAAAUCAUGCUAAAGCUUUAUUUCAACUAAGUUUGGCCACUUUAAAAGGAACCGGACUGCAACACAAGAUUCGUUUUUGAUAAAGUGUUUAACGUAAACAAAUGUUUUGACAGCAGAGCAUGCCUGUUUAUUACGUAUUUUAAGCUUCAACACUCACAACAAUUAUAAACUUAAAAAAACAUAAUUAGCGAGAUUAAUUGCUCCAUGAUAUCAUAUUUUACCUUUUUUAUGUGACUCGCAUGCUAUUCAGGAUGCAUGACCAUCACAAGCAAUUAGGUGCAUAAUAGUUUUAAAAUUUUGAUUUUUUUUACAAAGUCCAUAGGUAAUUAUAGGGUUAAAUAGCUACGAAUACAGAUAACUGAAUGGUAGAUACACUUCUUUUCUAAAUUAAAAUGUAGUUACGUAAAGAAAAUCCUUAAUUAUUUAAACUUAUACUUAAAAAAAACUGCUGAUAAUAUCAUUAACACUAAUCAUCGCAGGUUUUUCUGUUGUAGUGUACAAAGACAGUAUUUUUAAGUUUUAAUCAACGUAUUACCACACAAUAUUAUCUCGCGAUAUUAAAAUAAUUGAUUUUAUAUAAACAUUUAUUUACUGUCAGUUUACUUUGGUCAGAAGUUCUUAAUAAACACAUAAAAACAAGUAUUCUUUUCAACUGGUUUUCGAGACAAUACUACUACUGGUACUACCUUUACUACUCGUAAACUGUCAGUAUAUAUAUAUAUAUAUAUUUAAAUACUAUAGCAUCAUACUAAUAACAAAUACGACAUGCUAAUUUUUUAUUCGAAACGUAUCGGUAAUGACAAGUGUGCUAUCACAUUAACUUUUAAUGUCAUUGUGAUGGGAAAAAUCUAUAAACACCUUAACUUAGGCCUACUUCACGAAAUGGAGUAAAUAUCGCCACUUCAGCAAAAACUAAUACUUUUAACCUGCAAUUCUAAUAAAAUAAAACCCUCAGAAGUUAAACACAAAUAUUAUCUAAAAACUAAACUGCUCUAAAUCAUAAAUGUAUUCCUUAAAUUACGUAACACGCUGCACAUUCAUGAUUUCUCGAGAAUUUUCUCGAAGCUACCACAAGAGGCUGGUACAUCUGCAGUUAGCUAGAACCGUGAUUGGCUAAAGUGCACGCGGGAGGGCGCUGUCUAAAAAAGCGUUAUGAGUCAACGAAAUCAGAUACGUUCGGGAAAUUUCGAGAAAAGUUACAAAGAGUAUAUAAAUAUUGCGUUGAAGGUAGAGUGGGAUAAAUUUCGAAAAAGUUCUGCAGUCGAGUAGUACUUGAAACAGUUUCACGUUACUUGUUGUUAACAGUGCUGAAAGCGAAAUAGCGCAUAUUGAGUUGUUUCAGUUGAAAAGUCUCACUUAUACAAGGAAACUACAAAAAUAGUUAAAACAUGUCGCGUGGAAGAGUACCAGCGAUUGGUAUUGACCUCGGCACAACUUACUCUUGUGUGGGAGUGUUCGAGAACGGAAAAGUCGAGAUCAUUGCCAAUGAUCAAGGUAACAGAACAACACCAAGUUACGUUGCCUUUACAGACACAGAGCGAUUGAUUGGAGAUGCAGCAAAAUCCCAGGUAUCUCUGAAUCCCGAGAACUCAGUAUUUGACGCCAAGAGACUCAUCGGCCGUCGGUAUGAUGAUCCAAAGAUCCAACAAGACCUGAAGCACUGGCCUUUCACCGUCGUAAAUCAGGGCGGUAAGCCAAAAGUGAAAGUUUCAUUUAAAGGGGAAAAUAAGCUAUUCAAUCCUGAAGAAAUCAGUGCUAUGGUUCUAACAAAGAUGAAAGAAACAGCUGAAGCCUAUCUUGGCCAGCCGGUGAAAGAUGCAGUAAUCACAGUUCCAGCUUACUUUAAUGAUUCUCAGAGACAAGCUACCAAAGAUGCUGGAGCUAUCACAGGACUUAAUGUACUGAGAAUUAUAAAUGAACCAACAGCUGCUGCCUUAGCAUACGGUCUCGAUAAAAAUCUUCAAGGUGAAAAGCACAUCCUCGUAUAUGAUCUAGGAGGUGGAACCUUUGACGUGUCAAUACUGACCAUUGAUGAGGGUUCAAUGUUUGAAGUUAGAGCCACUGCUGGUGAUACACAUCUGGGUGGUGAGGACUUUGAUAACAGGAUGGUUAGCCAUUUUGUGGAAGAGUUCAAGAGAAAGCACAAAAAGGAUCUGCACAAGAGUCCUCGUGCUCUUCGGAGACUGAGGACUGCUUGCGAAAGAGCCAAGCGAACACUGUCCAGCAGUACAGAAGCUUCUAUUGAGAUUGACGCCCUCUUUGAAGGCAUUGACUUCUACAGCAAAAUCAGCCGUGCCAGGUUUGAAGAACUGUGUAUGGACCUGUUUCGAGGUACACUGGAACCUGUUGAGCGAGCUCUUUCUGAUGCCAAGAUGGACAAGAGUAGAAUUAGUGAAAUAGUUCUUGUUGGAGGAUCCACUCGGAUCCCCAAGAUCCAGAAGUUGUUAAAGGAUUUCUUCAAUGGUAAAGAUCUAUGUAUGUCGAUCAAUCCUGACGAAGCUGUGGCCUAUGGAGCUGCAGUUCAGGCAGCCGUGUUGAGUGGUGAUACCAGUCAUAAUAUCAAGGACGUGUUGCUCGUAGAUGUAGCACCUUUGUCUCUUGGUAUCGAGACUGCUGGAGGAGUAAUGACCAAAAUUGUAGAACGAAAUUCCAGAAUUCCUUGCAAGACCUCUCAGGUUUUUACAACCUAUUCUGACAACCAACCUGGAGUGACAAUCCAAGUAUUUGAGGGGGAGAGAGCAAUGACCAAAGACAACCACUUGUUGGGGAAGUUUGAACUGAUGGGUAUACCUCCAGCACCUCGUGGUGUGCCUCAAAUUGAGGUGACUUUUGACAUUGAUGCAAACGGCAUUCUGCAUGUCUCAGCCAAGGAUAUGAGCACAGGAAAGGCUGAAAGUAUAAGGAUCACCAACGAAAAAGGACGACUGUCGAAGGAAGAGAUUGAUAGGAUGCUAGCAGAAGCUGAAAAGUACCACCAAGAAGACGAAAAACAGCGAGAAAGAGUAAGUGCUCGCAAUCAGCUCGAGAGUUACGUGUAUAGUGUAAAACAGGCAGUAAACGAAGGUGGAGAAAAAUUGUCAUCUGCUGACAAAGAGAAAGUUGAGCAGAAGUGUGAGGACACGAUUAGGUGGAUAGACAACAACGGUCUAGCAGAGAAGGAUGAAUUUGAAUAUAAACUUAAAGAAGUUCAACAAGAAUGUAGUCCGAUUAUGACCAAACUCCACCAAACAACUGAUUCUGGAAAGUCGUCUAGAAGUUCACGAUCUGGUCCAACAGUUGAAGAAGUGGAUUAACUGUAGAAGAGAUAAUAAUCUGUAUCGAAUAUAAAGACUUAUAAACUUUUUACUUAAAAUGUGAUAAAUCAUAUUACACAUCUUCGGAAUAAUAUUCAUUCAUGUGCUUCAUUGUAAUUUUCGUCAUAAUGUAUAUAUAUGUAUAUUAUGAAAGUUGUUCACAUAAUUUAGUAAAUUGUUC